AUGUCCUUGAUAAAAGCUCUCGCGCAGAACUCGUCAGCAUCUAAUCUGAGCCAAACCGAUCUUGUCGACAAUAGGAUACAGGCGAUCUCCGAGGACGACGAUGGCGAGACUUCGGUGUCUACUUCGAACACAGACGGGCCAAACCAAAACGUCUCUGUUCAGGAGUUUUUCUUCAACAACCCCAAACAGCCCACGCUGGAUGAAAUCAGCCAGUUGAAGGAAGUUUCCAAAAACACACCAUCAGUCAAUGUGUCGACGUCGACGUUCAUUCAGCCAAAGUCGAGGGUUAGCACUACAAAAAUCACUGUUUCCUCAUCGGUGUCGGAGAAGCAAGCAGCAAAAGGUCCGGAGUUGCUACAUUCUUCUUUGAAAGUCAACCGCCCCGGACUUUCCUCGCGCCGCUCAAGUUCGCAUGUGGCAAAGCAUGCUUUGGAGAAUCGUUCGGAACGUGAAAAGGACGAGUAUCCUCCGGAGCACGAGAACGUAUUUCUGCCUGACGAGGGUAAGGUGACGCCAUUUGGCGGCUUUUCGAAACCUGAUUACCACGAUCUUUUCAUCAAGAAUAAUGUUUUUGCUACUGCACCUUGGAGGGUAGUUGAGUUUGAUAAGGGAAAUGGUAGCUUGAAGAAUGCUAUUCGCAUUGCGGCAGCCUCUGAUCCGAAAACUAAAUUCCGAUGGAUAGGUGUUUUGCCCAUUCCAUCAGAUGUGGUUCCACAAACAACCAAAAACAAUAUAGCAAAAGAACUGAGCGAAAAAUACGACUCGUCUGUGGCCUUUGUGGAUGAUGUCACUUUCCAUGGCCACUACACCAGUUUUUCCAAAGAAAUCUUAUGGCCAAUUUUCCACUACCAGAUCCCUGACAAUCCAAAAUCGAAUGCUUUUGAGAAUCAUUCGUGGAAGCACUACGAGAAGCUGAAUCGGGCAGUUGCAGACCAAAUUGUCUCGCAGUACAAGGAAGGUGAUAUUGUCUGGGUGCAUGACUACCAUCUUAUGCUCGUUCCUAAAAUGAUACGUGAAAAGAUACCAAACGCCAAAAUAGGUUUCUUCUUGCAUGUGUCGUUUCCUUCGAGUGAGGUUUUCCGCUGUCUGGCGCAGAGAAACAAUAUCCUGGAAGGUCUUCUAGGAGCCGACUGCAUUUCUUUCCAGACCGAGGAAUAUGUGAGACAUUUUUAUCAGACGUGCAACAGACUGCUUCUAGCGGACUUUGAUGAGUACGGAAUUAGGUACAAAGAUAGAGUCGUCAGUGUCAAUGGUAAUCCUAUUGGAAUCGAUGCGAAAUCUCUCAACACAAGAUUGCAAAACAAUUUAUGUCUCAACUGGAGAAAACUAGUCAGAGAGAGAUGGGCCGAUAAGAAACUAAUUGUCAGCAGAGACAAAAUCGAUAGAAUUAGAGGAAUCAAAGAGAAACUACUGGCAUACGAGCGCUUUUUGAAUGAUAAUCCAGAACGCGUGUCUGAUACAAUUCUCAUCCUCAUCUAUACAAAGGCCAAGAUGGAUAAAGAUGAUGAUUUCGAAAGCACAAUUUUCAACAUUGCCGAAAGAAUCAACGCGAAAUCAAGCAACAUCUCUACCGAUCAGCCUGUCACGUUUCUGCACCAGGAUAUCGAGUUUGAGCAGUACUUGGCGCUCCUGGCAGAGGCAGAUUUGUUUAUUGUCUCCACCCUCAGAGAAGGAAUGAAUCUCACGUCUCAUGAGUUUGUUGUUGCCUCACAAGAGUCUCAUUCGCCCUUGAUCAUGAGCGAGUUUGUUGGUUCCGCCCAGGUGAUGACCGAGGGUCCUCUCCUCACCAAUCCAUAUGAUGUCAAGCAGGUGGCAGAAAACAUCAAGCUCGGCCUCGAGAUGUCUCCAGAGGAGAAACUCCAGAGGUGGAAAAACAUGUAUGCCACCAUUCUCAAACACGACUCCCAGUCGUGGGUGAAACAUUGCAUUCGCGACAUCGAAACAGCUUUUGCAAGCAACCGCAAGGACUGCUCUUCUGAAUUGACGCAAUUAUCCCAGGCACUGUUCAAGGAAAAAUACCACGAUUUGCCAAAUCCAGAGAGCAAACGGUUGUUCAUCAUCAACCUCGGCAACCUCGUCUCCAAAGUGAAUAUCCCAGGCUCUUUGAUCAAUCCUGUUCAACAUGAAUACAUCAUGUCAACGCUUUUCAAUCUUGCCAAUGACCCGAAUAAUAUCGUGUAUGUGUUCAGUUUCCUGAAACGGUCCGACUUGCUGCGUAAGUAUCGCAGAAUUGGCGAGCUUGGUCUCAUUGCCGAGAACGGGGGCUACAUCAAACUCCCAAACAGCAACGAAUGGUUCACUGUGAUUGACGAGAACGAGCUGACCUGGAUGCCAACGGUCAUAGAGGUCAUGAACGCUUUGUGCGAAAGACUGCCUGGAUCGUUUGUUGAGGUGGAGGAGUGCACUGUUCGCUUCCACACUGAGAACUGUUCCGAUGUGGACAGGGACCACAAGCUUAAAUUAGUUGGAGAGCUUAUUACACACGUGAAUGAGUUAUACUCUAAAGAAUUCAAUUUACAUGCCAACCUCAUCAAUGGAAUUGUCAUUGUGCAAGAAGCUAACUUGAUUGUUCGUGCUCUCUCCUUUGUGAUGAAUCAGAACUCUUUCGAUGGCCAUUUGAGAAAGAUUCCGUCCUCGUCACUUACAAGUCCUGUUUCCCAGCCAUCUGACCUGACAAUGUCGUUCAAGGAUCAACCUCAGCUCAAACACAAUCUGGGUUUUGUCAUGGCUGCUGGUGGAAACACGCCGGUGGACGAAGAGGUGUUCAACUACUUCAACAGCCUGGAAUUCGAUAUUGAAAACAAGUUCACCAUCAGGGUCGGACAGGAUCAUUCUAACUCGAAGGCAGAGGAGAAAUUAUCAGGUGUCAAUGAGUUAUUCAGGAUCUUAUCCACGGUCAUCGCUAACGACAAAUGA